GUUGAUAGAAAGAAAUUUGGGGACCCUAAAAAAAAAAUAAACCUAAAUUUGAAAAGCAUAUGAAACUAUCGGAAACAAAAACAUUUCUUGAAAGCUACAGACAAUCUCUCGGCUAAAUGUAUUAGAUGUAGCAAGAUACUUAAAACAUUUGGAGGUACAACUUCAGGCCUUCACUCUCAUUUAAAGUCUGCACAUUCCAGUGACUACUUGGACGUAUUUCUAAGGCCAGAUUGCGACCAGAUGCGAAAACAUAUCGUGGAUAUUCAAAAGCUUGGCCAGACAGCGGCUUCCUCGUUGGAAAUAUCUAUGAUCAAUGAAAUUGAACAUCUUGGAUCUGAGCAUGAUGAACUUGAAGACACACUGCUGCUUAUCAGAGACAAAUAGAAAUUGAAAUACAAAAUAAACUUCAGGUUCAGGAUAACACGUCCAGACCAACGGAUGGAGACAUUGAUAAAAACAGAAAAUGGAUUUGUUUGAGAGUGGCGGUUUAAGAGGAAAAUAUCAGAAAUUUCCAAUGAUAGCCUAAGGUAUAUUCCUUCGACAAGUGUGGAGUUAGAGCGGGUGUUCUCUUCAUAAGGUUACUUUUGUAACAAUUGCGGUCAAAGUUAAGUGACCAAACAUUAUACACUAUGUCAUUUUUACGAUUUCAUUAUUUAAAUUUGAACAAAGAUUAAAACAACACCAAUUAUUUUAAUAUUUGAUUAAUUAAACUAUUUAAAUUAAAAAGUUAAGAAUAUUAUUUUUGUACGUUCGAUUAAAGUCUGAAGUUAAACAUAUGUGUUAUUGUUAAAAGCUUAUUAAGAAUCAAAAUGUGAUAAUUGUUUCUGAAUUUUUUUAUUUCAUUGAUAAAUCCUCACCUCUAAUCUUGAAUUUCGACUAAAAAUUCUCUAAAUAUAAAAAAAAAUAUCGAAAAUACCAGGAUUCCGGUAUUCUUAAAUUUAGUAUCGAAAAUACCGGUUUUGGCAAAAGGGGCCGGUUUUGCGACCCCUAGUUCUCACUGGUUAUUACAGAAUUUAGCUAACUUUUAGUCCGUCACAUGACUUAAGCUUUUAAAUCUAAAAAUAAAUAAUGACUAAUAAGAUUGAAGCUUGUCACGUUCUAAAAAUAGAUACACUGUCGUAAACUAUUUCACAAUGUAGUAGUCUAUAUAUAUGAAAAUAGAUUUAAAAAAUAAUUGUUUUUAAUUAUUUUUUUUUUCAAGUGAGACUUUAGGACAAAAAUUUAAAAUUUGAGGGCAAAAAUAAAAAAAAACUUAUUGAAUGAGAAACAAAAACAGCAUUUAUAAGGGAGACCACAAAACAAUCUUAAUAAUUUGUAUAGAAAUUUACCGUCCACCCAAUCAAAUGAAAAUCGCUCAUUCCAACCGCAUCUAUUAUUGUCGUUUACUGAGAGUAAGCACUUCCUGCUUCCUGAGUCAGACUCACAGGCGAAAAUAACAACGACAAGACAUACUGAGUUUACAUUUUGAAAUUGCAGGGGAUAAUUUGCAAAACAUCCAUUCUAUUUGAAAAAAAUGAGUCUCUUAAAAAAACUUUUUGGAGAUGGUAAAAAGGACAAAGCGCCAACACCACAAGAGGGAAUACAAAGACUACGUGAAGUGGAGGAGAUGCUGAUGAAAAAAUCAGAUUUUUUGGAAAAAAAGAUUGAUGCAGAGAUUGCUAUUGCCAGAAAAAGUGGUACUAAAAACAAAAGAGGUAAUCUUUAUUAUUUAGUAUUUAAACAAAUCAAGUGGCGUUAUAAUAAGCCUAAUAGUAAUAGCAGGGGCUAGGCAUAGAUAUGUCUGAUCAACUGUAAUCUAUCACUUGAAUAGCUACUUUGUAGUUACUUUGAUAACAAAAUUAAAACUUUUUUUAAAAAUAAACCAUUGGCAUAGUUGAAUAGAGCUAAUUUUUAAAAGAAUAAUACCAAAAUCAUACUUUUAGCUGUUGUAGUUUUAAAGUUAUGAAAUUUUAAAGUGCGACUUAAUUUGUCCUUUUUAACAUGGACUGCAUCUCCAUUUUCUGGGACCCAAUUCCGCUGUUCGUGUCACGAGCUAUAUAACUCUUGCUUAAUGAUAAUUUUAUUUUCAGAACUAAUGCUGUAUUAAAAAAAAUAAGUUUAAUAAUGUCAGCAAUUAUAGAUAAAUUGUAGCUUAUCUAACUAUGCACUAUUUAUAUCAGUAAAUUUAAUAUAAUGUAUUAAUAUACGGCUUUUCUGUUUACCAAAUCUACGACGUCCAUUAUACCGCUAUUUGCUAUAUAGUCUAUAUAAGGCAACUCAUGCUGAAUUACGAAAAUACUGUUUGGGAAGUAUUGAACUUUCAACUUUGGUACAUGACUAAUUAAUUAAAGCUUUCCCUGACCUAGUUUAAUAGUUUUUGCACACAGCAAAUUUUUAUGAAUGAAAACUCAGAGAGUAGUAUAUAAUGGCCAUUAUGCAAGUCACUGUGAAUGGCUGCCAUGACAUUUUUCAUCAUUUAUAAUAUGGACUCUGCCGAGUUUUUAACCUCAAAUUAAAUUAUUAUUCUUUCAAUAAUAUUUAAAUUCAUUCUAAAACAUAAGUUAUCAAAUAUUUUGAUGUAAAUAGUGGAAAUAAUUAAAUAUUUCCUAAGUAACGACGACUUCCGCCACUGAAAGUGGGGCGUGGCCACUUCCUUAACAAAAUUGGGCUGAGCUUCAGUACCAUAUAGGGGUUUACUCUAGUGAGCAUAACAAGUGACCAACAUAUCCUAACGCAAUGAAAAUUGACACAAAUACACAUCGAUAGCUAAUACAGAAUAAGACUUUUUUUUUAAAGACAUAAAAGUUGAACUUUUAUACGAAUUUUAUUGUGAAAGAUGCCUUAUAUUUAAAGGGGAAUCUCAAAAUACAGGUCGUUUGAAAAAUUAAAACAAAUCAAUGUAAAUGUAGUCUAAGAUGUCUACCUAAAUAUAAGGCCAGAAACGGAACUCAAAUAUAUGUCGAAAGUACUCAUUUAGUAAUAAAUAGACCCACCUGUCAGAAAAUUAAAAUCUCUGAUUUUUCGGUGCCGAUUGCCAUUUCCGAAACACAAAAAGUAGUAGACUCCCUUGGAAAACCGAAAGAAUCUAACUUGAACAUCGGCCAAGAAAAAAUCCAUUAGUUCCAGUUGGAAGGGCUAUUUAAACAACUAUUCUUACAUUGGAGUCCGUUAAUAUUUUUGCUUCCAUAUAGGCUAAAGUUAUUUAGCACAAUACUAAUACAUUUAAAUAAUUAUUACUACCAAGUUACUACCGAUAUGCCAGGAAGAAAAAGAGACUACAAUAGCUCCGAUGCCCGAAGUGUUUGAUACUGAUCAGAUACGAAACGAAGAAGAAUGGCAGCUGUCCGUAAAACUGCCGGAUUUGUCAGACCCCUUAAUCAGCACCUAAGAUGACGCAUCAACAAAACUUUUUUGAUCCACAUGACGCGGAUGUCCACACACAGCAUGUGAAAAACAGGGAUGCUCGCAAAGCGCUAACGGAAAAGACCGUUUGGCACAAGCCGUGAUAUUUCCCCUUCAUAUUUACAUGAAUUCAUGUUCCGCAACCAUUUUCAUGGAAAUGAUAUAUUUAAAAACUUCAUUGUCACCUUGAGGGAGAACUUGAUACAUAAUUCCAUUUUCACACGUUAAAUUGUUUAACUCAUUCCCUCCUGCAAUGCUACUUCCGUAUUUAAUUUAUUUUCCUGAGAAAGGGAAGUAACCCUGUUUUGAAAUUGUUUACAUUUUUUAAAUAUGUAUUUAAGCUACUAAAUAUUUUUUAAUGUUAAUGAAUUUAGAACAAAUGCAACAAAAAAUGAAUAAGGUUUAAUAUAAAUAUAACAUUAGCGGGGAAAAAAUAACGAACAAUGACCAAAAAAUCGAUUUUCGGCACCUUGGACAAACACAUGCUACAUUUAGACGCACUGUACUAAAGCACACGUAGUUUUAAAGUGAAAGAAGAUAAAAACUUCCGGUUUUUUAAAUUAAAAUCACGCUGAACCACGCCAUCGCAGUAAGUCUCGAGGGAUGUGAGAUUUCAUUGCUAUUUUUAAAUAGAUAUGAGAGAGGUGUGUCGCUAUGCGCCGGGACGCACUUGGACGCAUCCGGCCAAACCCGUAAAAGACGCAUUUAGUCCCAAACGUCGGGAAUGAGUUAAAUUCUUCUAAUUUAAAAAAAAAAAUUGUUAUAGUUUUUCUAUUUUUAAACAUUGUCUUGUGUUAUUUGUAUUAGUGCUAUUAUUGGAAUGAAUACGUACAAUCAGUGUCAUUAAAAAUAAUAUAAGGCUAAUUGUUCAAUCAACCGGAACAACUGGAUUUUUUCUUGGCUGGCGCUCAGAUGGUAGAUUACCGAUCAUCUACUUAUAGUAGGUAGUUUAGGCAAAAAAUUUUUUCUUUUAAAUAAUUAUUUUGAUAUUACAGUUCUUUAGAGCCAAUUUCAAAUAAACAAAUGAAAUCAGAAUAAACUUUUUAGCCUAAGUACUUUUUGAGAUACACAUUUUUAAAGUGUGAGUUCAUUUGAUAUUUUUUACUGUGGACGAAACCUCCACAUUUUGUGACCUCAUUCUGCUGAUUGCUGAUGACGAUAUAGUGUAUAUAAGGCAAGCAUCCCCUUAUUACUAAAAUACUGUUUAGCGUCAAAUUAUUUUAAGCUUUCAACUUUGGCACAUGAAUAAUUAAUUCAAGCUUUCCCUGACCAAUAGUUAUAUAGUUUUUGCAACACGGCAAACUCUUAUGAAUGAAACUCUGAGGUAGGACUAUGAUAUAACCAUUGGCUGUAAAUGGUUGCCUGUGACAACGUGUUGCACACGGAAAAUUCUGAACACCGGGUUUUUAAAGCUCAAAUUAAAACGUUCCAGUUUAAAUGUCUUCAAAAGCAUUCUGAAACAAGUUAUCAAAUAUUUUGAUGUAAAUAGUGGUAAUAAUUAAAUAUUUCCUAAGUAUCGGGAUCUUCCGCCAUUAAAAAGGGGGUACGGCCCACGCCAUGUCGAAAUUAGGCUGAGCGGCCUUAUGUUAAUGCGAGUUACAGGGACAGGCCUGACAAAUGUCGGAUACGACCUACAUCAAUGAGAAAUAAUAAUAAUAAUAAUAAAGUUCAUUUCAAAAACACGCUUCAUCCCCAUAGGCUCGAAGCGCGGUACAAAGUCAACAAAAAACAAAUCUAUAAUUUACCACAUUUAAAACAAACGCAACACAGCCAAUAUGCAUUAACUGGAAAAUAAGGUAGACAAUCAUCCCAGAAGGUGUUUUCGAAAUAGAUGUGUCUUUAAAUCGGUUUUAAAGGACUCCAGUGUCUAGUUGUUUCUGAGAUCGACAGGAAGGGCGUUCCAAAUUGGUGGACCAGCAAAUGCGAAAGUGCGCUUUCCGUAAGCCUCAAGGCAAACACAUGGUGUCGAGAGUUUGCAACUAUCGGAUGAGCGGAGCUCUCUAGUGGGUACAUAAGGCGUCAGCAGCUCUUUCAGAUAGGACGGUGCCAGGUCAUGUAAGCAGCGGUAGCACAAAGUUGCGAUUUUGUAUUCUAUGCGAGCACGCACCGGCAGCCAGUGCAACUCUCUCAGAAGUGCUUUUGCAUGGUCGAACUUGCGUUUGCGGAGAACAAUGCGAGCCGCAUUAUUCUGUGCUAUUUGAAUUUUAUCCAGGAGCGUAGCUGGAAGACCCACCAUGAGAGCAUUGCAAUAGUCCAUGCGUGAUAGCACAAAUGCAGACAUCAGCCUCUUUGUUGUAUCAAUUGUUAGGAAGGGCCUGAUGUGACUAAUCCUGCGCAGCUCCAGAAAAAUCGCCUUGCAUAGCAUGUUAAUAUGACUUUCAAAAGUUAGUCUUCUAUCUAGGUAGACACCCAGGUACCGCACUGUUUGAGCUAACUCAAUACGCACACCUGAGAGAGUAAUGGGUGUCGUGUUAUUUGCAGAUUUUUUAUUCUGAGCGGUCGCGAUGGGGAGCAGCUCAGUCUUAUCAUUUAAUUUGAGCUUGUUUAUGGUCAUCCAGCACUUAACCGACUCCAUUGUCUUCUGUGUCAUACUGAGCAGCUGAGGGAACUGAGAUGGGAUCACGGAUUGAUGAAGUUGUGUAUCGUCCGCGAACAUGUGAUACAACAUGUCAAACUUCCUGAUCUCUGCACCCAGGGGCUGAAUGUACAUCGUGAAAAGCACCGGGCCAAGGACCGAGCCCUGGGGUACUCCGAAUUCGAUAUUAGAUUUCUUCGAGGUCAAGCCGUUUGAAAUAACUGACUGGCACAUGUAUACAUCAAUAUACAAGGCUUUUCCAAUUUAAUAUGAAAGACCUUUUUUUUUUAAUUUAACAAAAAAUUUUGCAUGUGAAGAUGCCUUAUAUAUACCAAAUAUUUUCAAAAUUAAGGUCGAUUGAAAAAGCAAACUAGCUGGAUGGAAAUGUAGGCCAAUAUGUCUUCCACUGUGAAAAGGUGGAAGUGGAACUCAAAUAGAUGUCAAAAGUAUUCAUGUACAAAGGAAUUGACACUCACAUUAACAAAUUAAAAAGGCGAAUUUUACUGUACUGAUGCCCAUUUCUAAUAAAAAAUUUGAAGUGUUCUCCCUUGCUUUACCUAAAGCAAACCCCUUAAAAAUUCGGAUUUUCUCAAACGUUAUAAUUUUUCACCCGUUAUGAAAAAAUCCGAAAGAGACCAAAAAGAUAUAUCUGGUACGACAUCUUGAUGUCAAUUUUGCUCUCUACUGAAUGGGGAGAGUGACCUUCUAACAAAUAGCUCUUUCUAAACACAUCUUGAUGUCAAUUUUGCUCUCUUUGCUUUUUUAGAAAUGCCAAAAAAUGGCACUGAACUAGUGCUCAUGACAAUAUUCAUAGUCUUUUGUCUAUAGAAAAUAAUCCAGACCUACAAUGUGAUUUAAUUUUUUUAUUAAUGAUAUUCUUUAUUAACUGCAGUUGCACUUCAGGCUCUCAAAAGAAAGAAAAGAUAUGAAAAACAGCUACAGCAAAUUGAUGGAACAUUAUCAACAAUUGAGUUCCAACGAGAGGCCCUUGAGAAUGCUAGCACAAAUACAGAAGUCCUUAGUGUUAUGGGAAUAGCAGCCAAGGCGUUAAAGGGCGCUCACAAUAACCUGUAGGCCAUCAUAUUUAUUCAUUUGACUUAAGAUUCAAUUUAAAUAGGUGCAUUUUUGUACAUUAAAAUAACUAAGAUAAUGAAAAUAGAAAGUAAUUGUAAUAAGGUGUGGAUAUUUCUUUUAUUCAUUUGAAAUUAAAGCUUUUAAUACCUAAACAUUAUUUCUAUACAUUGAUUUUUUAAAAUCCAGAAUUAAAUUAGUUUUUAUUCAUAUAUUUUUGUAUCAGUGAUGUGGAUAAAGUACAUGAUUUAAUGGAUGAUGUGGCCGAGCAACAGGAAGUAGCCAAUGAAAUUUCAGAUGCUAUCUCACAUCCUGUAGGUUUUGGUCAAGAUCUAGAUGAGGUAAGUCUUGUAUGUUAUAUUCAGGGUUGCCACUUUUCACGAUUAUCCCAGAAGUCCGGAUUCGUGAGGCUAAAUAUUUUUCAGCCCUGGAUUCAUGAGUUUUUAUUUUCUCUCGCUCUGGAUUCGUCAGUUCAGUUUAUUCACGUAUGGAUUCUGGGUUUUUAAAAAAAAAAAUCAACCUGUUCAGUGAAAAGCGACCUCUCGCUUUUGUUUUUAAUCAUUGCACAAGAAAUUAUUUAUGAGUUUUGUUAAGUUUCAGGAUUUAAAAAAUUGUAAAUAAAUUUUCAGGUUUCAAGAAAUAUUUAGAAAGGGAAUACGGGGUUCAAAGCUUUCAGUGAGUGGCACCCCUGGCUAUAUUAAUCACUUAUCAUUAAAAAAACUGCUAUAAUAGAUUUGCAGUCAUGUUUAUACUUUGUCUCUUUGACUGGUUUUCUGAAUAUGUCUAAUAAAUCCUGGGUACCAAGUGUGAGAAAGCCAGCUAUAUUCAGUAAACCAACUUAAGCCUUUGUGUGAUUGUCUGGUUGAACUUACAUCAUGCCUGGACCCCACUUUCAUUGGUUGUAUUUCAGGAUGACUUGUUGGCUGAGCUGGAGGAGUUGGAGCAGGAAGAGUUGGACCGACAGCUCCUGGAGGUGGGAGGGGCAGAGGAUCUGCCUAGUGUGCCCACAGCAGAGCCUACGGAAGCUCGCAAGGCAGCCCCUGCCAAAGGUAGACUUGUACUCGUUAUUUCAAUGAUUAUCUCUCUUUGCUCUAUGGACAUACUUCAUGCUGUAUGAUAGUUAUAAGCCAAUUAAUUUUAAAAAAAGAUUUUUUGGUUAUAAUUCUUGUUAGAACUUGCAGCUAAAUUAAUGACAACAAUAUGAGUUUCAUUGUUUAUUUCCACAACACCCACAUAGUGAAAUUGAAGUUUUUGUUUUCUAAAUGCAUUUCAGCUCACCAUACUGAAGAUGACGAUGAUAUGAGGGAGCUGGAGAUGUGGGCAUCGUAGAGAUGCGUCCUCUCUAUCUAAGCAUACAGCAAACUUCAGUGAAGCAGAUGGAUAAAUGAGACACUCUUAGGUUAUUAACAAUAUCUGAGCAUUAAAACUAGUUGCCAGCCAAGUUUUCUACCAGUUGAAGCUGAAUCUUUCCUGGCCUCUCUUAAUAGUUUUACACUCUUAUCAGAGUCUGGAGACUCCACCCUACUCAAGAAAUUAGUCAUGUGAUGCUCAAGAAAUUGUAUUUUGUCACCACUGGGGGGGGGGGGGUGAGUCGACCCCCCUGUGGGGAGGUCUUCACCUUAUAAAAUACAGAUUUUAAACUUAUUUCAUGGAGAUAGUAAAUAUAGUUGAUGUAUUUGAAACCAAAUGAAUCCCGGUAGUAAGUUGAUAAUUAAAAUACAGAUAUUUAUAAGUUCCCUAAAUAGUUAAUGUUUGCAAUGUACUGGGUUUUCCUACUUAUCUUCAAUGUCUUGCUUGGAGGAUUGUCCUAAAGAUCAGAACUUCUGCUUUGCUGGUACUGAUCAAUUAAAUAGUUAUUUGGAAUUCACUACAGUUUCUGGUGACGCAGGCAACAGCCCAUUUUCUUCUCAGUAAUUAUGUUUACGAGUCAAGCCCAAGUUAUCAUUGUGUACAUAUAUGAAAUGAGUCUGUGUGUGGUGUCUCUUUGUUGAUAAACUGUUGCUCUAUGGUUUACAAUUCUAAUGCAAAAUGACAUCAUGGGGUUUCUUUGUUAAUAACUAGAGGGUACCUUUUCUCACCAGGAACCUACAAGUACAGUACACUAUAAUACUGUCAGAUAGAUCAUAUACAAUAAUACUGAAAAACAGAUGCUAUACAAUAAAACUGACAACUAAAUAGAUAUUAUACAAUAAAAAAACUGAAAUAUAGGUAGAUACUAUAAAAUACUACUGACUCAUUGGAGCAAUACUGUAAAUAAAUACUGACAAAGCAGUACCUUGUGGCCUGAUGUGAGAAUAGUCUUCAUUUAUUUUAUUGAUUGCCUUCCUUACCGGCAGUCUUGAGGUAAAAAAAAAGAUUAUGUAAUAGUGGGUUUAAAUGGAGAUGACAUCAGGGGCUAAUGAAAUUACCCACGCAAUGGUUCAACUGUUGUGUGGCCAUGAAUUGUUAGGUUUCCUAGGUGAGAAAAGCCAUGUAUUCACUAGAGCUAUUCCUUCAUGUCCUAUUUCUAUCCAUCUCAAUGUUGUGUGCUUUCAACUGAUCUUUGUCCUCAGAUUCUUACAUUUAAACUUGAGAAGGAUGGUAGAGAGCUGCUCCAAACUUAAAAUCAUUUAUGAAAGCUUGUACAUUUUUGUAAUGGUUAUUAUUAUGAAUUAUGUUUGUGUGACUAGGACAGAUUGCAUUAACCGACAUUGAUCAAAUGUACUACUUUCAAUCAAGUGUUAGUCUCUACAUUAACCGACAUUUGAUCAAAUGUACUACUUUCAAUCAAGUGUUAGUCUCUACAUUAACCAAAGUUGAUCAAAUGUACUACUUUCAAUCAAGUGUUAGUCUCUACAUUAACCAAAGUUGAUCAAAUGUACUACUUUCAAUCAAGUGUUAGUCUCUACAUUAACCGACAUUUGAUCAAAUGUACUACUUUCAAUCAAGUGUUAGUCUCUACAUUAACCGACAUUUGAUCAAAUGUACUACUUUCAAUCAAGUGUUAGUCUCUACAAUAACCGACAUUUGAUCAAAUGUACUACUUUCAAUCAAGUGUUAGUCUCUACAAUAACCGACAUUUGAUCAAAUGUACUACUUUCAAUCAGGUGUUACAGUCUGAUAAUGUAAUGAUGAUGUCACGUGAGUGUGAUUUUUGUGUUGAUUCCAUAUCUUGAUAGGUUUUGUUAAUUUCUUACCCGCUAAGCCCUUCCAUCGGGCCGGUUAAGCUAACUCUAUGUGAUUGGUAUAUUUAUAAAUGUGCAAACUGUAUUUGUUUCAAUUAAAUUGUGAUAAAUUGAUUGGACACUUCUAUUUUAGCUCUUUUCUUAUACUCUCAGCUUGAAUUGCAAUGAUACACGAAUUUACUAUUACUGAUUAAUCAACAUACGCCCAUUAAUCAGCAGAUGCCCAUUAAUCAGCAGAUGCUCAUUAAUCAGCAGAUGCCCAUUAAUCAGCAGAUGCCCAUUAAUCAGCAGAUGCCCAUUGAUCAGCAGAUGCCCAUUAAUCAGUAGAUGCCCAUUAAUCAGCAGAUGCCCAUUAAUGAGCUGAUGCCCAUUAAUCAGCAGAUGCUCAUUAAUGAGCUGAUGCCCAUUAAUCAGCAGAUGCCCAUUAAUCAGCAGAUGCUCAUUAAUCAGCCCAUGAUUAUUAUUUAAUAAAAUAUUAUAUAUUUUACUUUGAAAAUGUUUAUAGUUAUUAAGCAGUGAAUUGGGGGUAGUCAAGAGCUGCUGUUAGGGUGAGAAAUUAGGUGAUUAUAAACUAGUAAAGAAAGUCCCAGAUGAUUCUCAAACCCUGAACUCUUAAUUUUUGGACGGAGGGAUUUAACCUCAGAUGGCCACCACUUAAACAGGAACAUCACCGGCCGAGUUCUGUAAGGCAACUGAUGACUUUUGAACAGUUGACGUGUGAUUAUGAUUGAAAGUAUUCAUGCGGUUUAAGCAUCAUUUUUUAUAAAAUGUCUAUUUCGUGUGCAUCAUAAGUGUCUGCUUAUCUAAUUUGGUCAUAAGGAAAACUGUCCCCGUCCUCCCCCCUCACCGGCUGGACCACGGCUAUACUGAUGGGUACAUGAAGCUAUACAAUCAUAAGAACUCUCCUGGUAAAUCACCUGAUACACACAAUUCUUAAAAGCUGCAUAUUCCCCCUGUUAGUCAUAUUACCCCAGUUAGUUAUUUUCCCCGCAGUUACUCAUAUUCCCCGCAGUUAGUCAUAUUCCGCCCCAUCAGUUAAACAGAUUUACAAAAAUCUUGAUUCUUUGAUUGGCCAUUGAAUUUUUAUACUAAUACUAAUACUGUUUUGUCCUAAGCAUAAAUCACAAAGUGAUCUUACGGCACACAUCCAAAUGAGUCCAAUAAAUCAUCGUAUACAUUCUAAGCAUGGCGUGAGCAGGAGAAUGAAUUGGUCAAAUGACCCAGAUAUACCAAAAUAGACCUUAAAUUGGUUUGUUAGGUCAGUUAGACCUAUUUAGGUCUUCAGAGCUCUGACAAAAGGCCGCUCUGUUUAUAUUGUGUGAACCCUUUUUUUGUGUUAGCAUCGACAAUGGCGCAUCAUUGUUAUUUUGAGUAAUCUGUUAAACAAGGCAAAUUUCAACAGACGGACACAAUGGCUGAUUAAAGUGCAGAAAAAGCAGUGGAAGUGGAAUUGUCCGCUCGACAUCAACACACGCAUUUUGAAGCUGAAGAUUUUGAUGAAAGUUUAAAGCUUAAAGUCUAGAACGAAUGACUCACUCUUAGUUUGUUCACAUGUGCUGGCUGUUGAAGCAGAAAAUUGAAAAGAAUAAAAACAGCAUCAAUUAAACCUGAGUGCUUUGUUUUUAGGUCAAAGUUCAGAGAGCAGCAGAGAUUUGAUGUUUGCACAUAAUUUCAACUCAAGAUAUUUAUGACAUCAAAAAAAGAAAAUCGUUUUCAAAGUUCAUGACAUUUUGUUUGUUUCAUGUUAAUUUCUCAGCCGGGCACUUUGAACCAGUUAUUAUUUAUUUGGUAAUAGAAAGUCAAUACAUUAAAUCAAGAUUUAUUUGGUAAUUUAAAGUCAAUACAUUAAUUCAAGAUUUAUUUGGUAAUUUAAGAUUCAAAUUCAAUUGGUAAUGAAAGGUUUAACCCGCCUAAGUUUCUGAUUGUAUUUGCCAUUUCAAUGUUGGUUAACUGACAUGCAAAAGUACCUUUCUAAAUAAUAAUGUUGCUGUAUUCCAAUGAUUCCAUCAUCACUCAUUAGGAUUCACAUCACUUAGCAUUUAAAUCAAGAGUUAGUUCCCAUGGGACAAUUAUUUGCACUCACCUCAAGUUGGAAACAUAAAAAUUUAAUAAUAAGUAGAAAUAUAAUUUUGUUUUCUUUUUAAAUAUCCAUGGAGCUUUCUUUGAAUCUAGAACACUGCAAUCAGAAUUCCACAAAUCACCCUACCUCAAUUCAGAGACAUGGCUAGGAUUAGGGGGGGGGGGGGGGGGGCAAUCCUUUUGGACACACAACCCUUCAGCGUAUAGAAAUGCCGCUCCUCAAUAUAAAGGAGACCACAAGAGCACCCCCGCCCUACUCCUAUGCUAUUGCCCCUUAUUGCAGAAGCCACUAAUACAGAAGAGUAAGCUGUGCCCAACUGAUAGGAUUUAUCAUAUCCCCUGAUCUAUUUGAUAUGUCCUUUUAAUUUUAAUCAAUUUGUUUACUGGGUACAGUAUUCCGAUGGACUGUAUGGGAUUAUGUUAUUCGGAUGUGAUAAAAUCAUAUCAGUUUGCUUGAUCCAUGUUUCAAGAAAUAUUGUGUUUGUAUUAGUGAAUGUGUGCAUGCAAUUGAUUAGCAUAUGAGAUGUAAAUGUCUCUAAUACAUGUAACAUUAUAUUUAUUAUAUAUUUUCAAACUCAUCAAUUUUGGACAUAUCUUUUUUCUCUCUCAAAGUUUCCAUUAAAUUUGUUUUUUUCUCAAUCAUCAAAA